AAAAACACUAUUCCUGUGUCCGGUCCCUAGAGGUUGAAUCAUUAGGACUCAGCGGGAGUCCACGCUUAAGGUGCAUCAUCCCCGGUGGCUUCAGUAGCUUGAAUAUUUUAUGUCGUACUUGAACAGAAGUAAGUUUUGGCAUAUUGGGCAGAAAUUUGUUUCCAUUGAUGUUUUACACCCUUGCAGUGCAGUGUGACCUUGAAGAGCUAUUCAUCUUUUCCUUGGAUGACGUUUUUCCUCUGUUCAGAAGUUAUAGUCGUCUUUUAAAUUUCCCCAUUGACUGCUGGUACAAAUCUUAAGUCAAAACCGCAGUUAUAAAAGCAGUCACACACCCUGUAAAUUCUCUUAAGAUACUAGCGUCCAAUCUGUAUAGGCCGCAUAACUUACAUAGUCAUGUAUUUUGUUACUGUUCAAACUGGGGUUUAAACCUAAUUUAGAUGAUCCAUCUCAAACUGGGUUUCGUAGGAUCGAUUUCUUGAAUUAACGGGACAAGCAGAAGAUUUAUCAUUAACAUUUAAAAGCUCACUUUAAUCCACCUUUUCAACUAAAAGAUGAUUGGCCCCUUCUUGUCUCUGGACUCCCCAUGUCGUUUCCUCGGCUGUUUAAUGGGUUAUUUUUUGUGUUUGUCUCUAACUAGCUCUUAGACCUGCUUGGUAAGCCCGGUGCCCACCAUGCUGGCCGCCAGGCUCGCGUGUCUCCGGACACUGCCUUCCCGGGCGGUCCCCCCGCGGCUCCCCGCAGCGCCCCCUGCCGUGAGGAAGUCCUUCCGCAAGGACCAGUGGCUCUUAACACCCAGCCGGGAAUAUGCCACCAAGACAAGAACUGGGGUCCGGCGUGGGAAAACUGUCCAGGAACUCAAGGGAGCAGCAUUGGACCCAUCAAUGGAAAAAAUAUUUAAAAUUGAUCAGAUGGGAAGAUGGUUUGUUGCUGGAGGGGCUGCUGUUGGUCUUGGAGCAUUGUGCUACUAUGGCUUGGGAAUGUCUAAUGAGAUUGGUGCAAUUGAAAAGGCUGUAAUUUGGCCUCAGUAUGUGAAGGAUAGAAUUCAUUCAACCUAUAUGUACUUAGCAGGAAGUAUUGGUGUAACAGCUUUGUCUGCCCUGGCAGUGAGCAGAACUCCUGUUCUCAUGAACUUCAUGAUGAGAGGCUCUUGGUUGACAAUUGGUGCAACCUUUGCAGCCAUGAUUGGAGCUGGAAUGCUGGUGCAAUCAAUACCCUAUGACCAGAGCCCAGGCCCAAAGCAUCUUGCUUGGUUACUACAUUCUGGUGUGAUGGGUGCAGUGGUGGCUCCUCUGACGAUAUUAGGGGGGCCUCUUCUCAUCAGAGCUGCGUGGUACACGGCAGGCAUCGUUGGCGGCCUCUCCACUGUGGCCAUGUGUGCACCCAGUGAGAAGUUUCUGAACAUGGGAGCACCCCUGGGAGUGGGCCUGGGCCUCGUCUUUGUGUCCUCACUGGGAUCUAUGUUUCUUCCACCUACCACUGUGGCUGGUGCCACUCUGUACUCGGUGGCAAUUUAUGGUGGAUUAGCUCUUUUCAGCAUGUUCCUCCUGUAUGACACGCAGAAAGUAAUCAAGCGUGCAGAAAUAGUACCAGUGUAUGGAGUUCACAAAUAUGACCCCAUCAAUUCGAUGCUGGGAAUCUACAUGGAUACAUUAAAUAUAUUUAUGCGAGUUGCCAGUAUGCUAGCAACUGGAAGCAACAGAAAGAAGUGAAGUGAUUUUGCUUCUGACAUCCUGAAUGUAUCAGACACCUCGCUUGUCCAGUAGGGGCAGGUAUUCACUAAGUAGUGUGUUCCAGCAGCUUCUGUGGAAGGUGGAAUGUAGAAUUUGUCAUCCUGUUUGAAAUGUCCCAGUAAUGUGAUGCUUCUGGGGAAUAAAUUCAGUAGUUCUCUGCCAAAUAA